AUGGCAACGUUAGUGAAAGAAUGGGAGGGAGCUAUACUUCAAAAGAACACGCGUGCCGAAGAUGUACGAAGAGGAACAAAAGAAGGUGAAAGAUCAAAAGACCCACCAGAAUAUCAUUCUGAUCGCGGAAAUCAAAUAGGCGGUCCGCCUACACGAGGUCCCCCUCCAAGAAAAUCCGCUCCAUUUGAACCUGAGGAUUCAGCUAUUCAAGUACUUCAUCAACUCUGCGUGUUUGAGCAAGUUUUGCAGGAGGUUAUAGCGGAGAAGGAUGGUUUGAAGAUAUCACCCAUCAGAGCUAGUCUGAGAAUCGAGUUGUACUUUGAGGACAUCAUCAAGCCAUUUCUAGUAAAGGUAUGUGCUACCGACAUCCAGCUCAAGAAGAAAGAUAACAUCGUACCCGAGCAUUGGUUGAAGCUGAUCGAGAAGAGCUUCCUCUCAUUCUUAUCGAUUGGCUCUCUGCAUCUUCAAUCCUAG